AUGCCAACUGCUCCGCCAAGUUCCAGAGACUCAGAGAUGUCUAAUUUUUCAAAAUUGUCGCCUUUCGAUGGACGUUACUGGGGUAAAGCUAAUGACUUUGCCUCUUCCAUGAGCAAGUUUUCUUUUAUCAAUUUCCGAGUACUUGUCGAGUUGUCUAAUGCUGAUGCGAUCAUGGAUGAGGAGGUUCAGGAAAAGCAGCUUUUGGCCGAGGAAGAAGAUGGAAUGGAGCAGCUUGAAGCCGAGGAGGGACUUGAAGCCGCGCAACUUGAACCUGAUGGAGCUAAACAUAUGGAGCUGGAACCUGACGGAAUUAAAGAGCUUGCAGCUGAGAAGGAGCUUGUUUCCAAGGAUUCUGUAGCUGCGCCAAUGGAACUGAUUACUCAUUCUGGAGUUAAUCUUGAGCCAAGAUGGAGAAGACAUGAUCCUAAACCUCCCUGGUUUUUGAUCCAAGCUCAAGAGAUCAGCAAAUGGGCAUGUGUCUCAUUUAUUAAAUUGCCUCUGUAUCUUUCAAAAGUCCCUCAAGUCACCGAAGUUCCAUGCUUUUCAAAAGAUGGUGAUGUCUACUUGCAAUUCAUAUUCGCUGUGUUUAGCAUUGAUGAUACGUUGGAAGUUAAUAAGGUCGAGAGAGUAGCAUAUGAUGAUGUGAAAGCUGUGGAGUAUUUCUUGAAACAAAAGUUUGAAUCACAGCCAGAGAUUGUCAAGGUUGGUAAACUUUCUCUCUGUUCCACCAAGUACUUAGCAACAUUAGAUAAUAGUCUUUAG